AUGUCAUUUCGUGGGACUAGAUCUCUUAUGGCAGAUAUUAUAGCUUCAUUGCUGCAAGGUCUAACUAGAGAUACUGAUCAAAAGAUGAGAUUGCUAUAUGCUCAGUGGCUUGGCAAUCUCGGGGCGAUUGAUCCUUGCAAACUGUGUUUAUCAAAUCACGAAGUAAAGACUAAAAACGAUUUGGUAGUAUUUGUGAAUGACCGUCGAUUUCCAUUCCAUGUUUUAUGUGAAUUAGCGAAAAUUUAUCUACGUGCUGCUAGUCCUAGGCAGUUGGAUUCAGCUGCCUUAGCUGUCCAAGAACUGUUGAAAUUGUUCAAAGUGCCAGAUGUUGGAAAAUCAAUAAAUUUAUUGUCUUCAAAUAUAAAUGAUCCUGAAGAUGAUACGCUCAGUCUAUUUUUUGGGGCUCUGAAUUGUGGGACCUAUUUCCUGAACAUUUGCGCGAUCUGUUUGCUCCACUUCUUACUUCUAGAAUUCUCUUUCUCUGAAAUAUUACCCGUGUCUAUCAUAAAUACAAUUUGGCCUGUUUGUAUAUUUUUCAGAUAUGUUGUUGAAUCAUUUAUCAAUUGGUCUGCUAUACGGAUUCCAAUCAUUACAAAUCAAGUUAAUUUAACUUAUGAAUCAUGGAUACGCUUAUGGUCUGGUUCUUUAAGUAGUCAUCUUCGCUCUGAAAUUUUGGCCGUUUUUACUGAAGUUACUGAAUCGAUUCGGGAAGGUGGAAGUCAUAUUAACUUUGAUAAUCUUCUGAAAAGUGUUAAUUUACAUGAGGUACAUCCAUCAAGUAAUCGACUUUGGAGAACUUGGUUUCCUCUGGGGGUUCAGACAAUUUUCGGUUUAUUGGAUUAUUUGAGACAUUGGUUGAGAAUCCAGCAGGAAUAUGUGGCAUCAAAACCUGUUACGAAAGGAGCUAACACUGUUCAGGAGACGACGAAGGAUAUAAGCACACCUCAACAUGCUAUAGCUUCCUCGGAGUGUGUCGACCGCGUUUCGUCUUUUCUCUCAAGUAUUCCAGAUUUGUUGCAGGCCAAAGCUAGUUUGCGAUGUGGCAGCCUUGCUCGAGCUUUAUUGCAUUGGGAAUUAGCAUAUGGUGAAGAUACAGUAGCUCAACAGUCUGCUUUUGUUACUGGUAUUGCAGUAUGCCGAUCUGACGUUGACCAUACACUUGGGUUUGCGAAACCGACCUCAGAGAGUGCAGGUUUUAAUUCUAUAUUAUCCGCCAAUAAACCAUCUUCGCAGAAGCAUUCUAGUAAACUUGGGAAGACUGGUGUUAUCGCUCUUAUCGGUUUAUUGGACACAUACGCUUCUUUGCGUGAUUCAGAUGGUUUGGCAGGUGUUUUGUCGGUUACCCAAUUAGCGUUUGCUGCAUUCGAACAGGAAGUCAGUCUGGAUAAACGAGGUGAUCCAAAGGUUCGCAGUACAAGUGUGGAGUUCCCGCAUAAUCCGAUGCAGAGGUUUUCAUUACUUCGUGCUCUAGAGUUAGAAAAUGAAGGACAACUGGAUAUGGCUGCUGCUGCAUACGAGCAUAGUUUGGCAACUUCCGAAUUUGAUUAUCGUUGCUCGCAGAGUAAACUGUCCACAAAAGAAAUUCAUGACAAUCAACAUUUGUUAAUGUAUAGUGGUCUCUUCCGUUGUGAAUUACCUGAUCCAGCUCGUUUGCAUGGUUUGGUUGAACGAGCAGGAGCUUUGGUAAGGAAAUCGAAAUGCUGUUCGAGUUCACAAGGGAGUUUAGCUGUUUGGGCAGAUUGCCUCAAUGCUCAUCGAGCUGAGGCAGCUUGGCGACUGGGUAAUUGGGAUACUUUACAAGAAACGACUAAUAUGAACCUUCUGCAGUGUCCCUGGUCAAUUGGAAUUGGGCGCCUAUUCUUAGCAAUGAAAGAUAAGCGAACUUCUGACUGGUCAAAAAUCUUGGCUCAACUGCGAGUAGAUCAGGUGACUGAGUUGGGUGCCGCUUCACUCGAAGGUCCAGGUGGUUACACUCGUGCUUAUGACACAAUAGUUCGACUAAGCUCUUUGUCUGAAAUCGAGUUAAUCAAUUCUUUAGGUGAGGUCAUCGUAAAUGAAAUUCGAAAUCCAACAAGUUGUCGAUCGUCUGAAAUCAAUCUUCAGAAUUCCAUUGAGACAACUUUGAAGUUGUUGGAAACUAGAAUUCGUGUUAGCCGUCCAACUUUUCAUACUUUGGAACCUGUUUUAGCGAUCCGGCAUGCAGCUUUGCAGCUUGUCGCUUCAACUCUUAUCUCACUAGACAAUGAUAUACGUCAGGCGACUAAUCGUGAAGUACUGAAUUCGGCUGUUUCCCGUCUACGUGUUGCUCUAGGUUAUAAUUGGUUAGAACGCGCUAAACUUGCUAGAAAAUCUGGACAAUUUAUGGCAGCUUAUACAUGUGUUUUACGUGCUGAAGAUUUCGGGAUCCCUGACGCUCUUCUAGAAAGAGCUAAGUUAUUAUGGCAGACUGAUAAAAGAGAAGCUGCGCAAGCAUGUUUAGACAAGGGUAUACCAGAGGUGUACGACUGUGUUCUUUCAAAUGUUUAUAACAAAUCUUCCACUGUAAACAUUGAAGUAUCUGCUGAACGUAAAACUGUUUCUGCACAACAGGCUUUACUGUUGCGUACUCGUUAUUGUGAAGAAACGAACAGAUAUGAUUUUGAAACUAUCGGAAACUUUAUGAACAAGUUUGUAGCUUUAAUCCGGGAUACGAAGAAGCUCAUUUUCGUCUCGCACGCUAUGUUGAUCGAGCACGAACUCAAGCGGUCGGCUCUAAACAACAAAAUGCUUUAA